AUGGGCGACACCUCGCAAGUUGAAGUCCUGAAGCCUCCCAUCCGCCGUACUUGGUGGAAGGAGUCGGCCGUCUAUCAGAUCUACCCAGCAUCCUUCAAAUCGGCCAACUGCACCGUGGACAAGAACUUGGCUGAAGUAAAGGGCGACCUGCGCGGCAUCAUCUCCAAGCUUGACUACAUCAAGGAGCUUGGAGUGGAUAUUGUGUGGCUCAGCCCUAUCUUACAAUCUCCUCAAGUCGAUAUGGGCUAUGAUAUCUCGGACUACCGUGCUAUCGACGCGCUGUAUGGAACGAUGGAAGAUCAUGACGACCUGAUCAAGGGCUUGCAUGACAGAGGGUUGAAAUACGUCAUGGACCUCGUCGUCAAUCACACUUCCGAUCAACACGAGUGGUUCAGACAGUCCCGGUCUUCGAAGGACAACCCGUACCGAGAUUGGUACUUCUGGCGGCCUCCUCGAUACGACGAAGCCGGCAACCGCAUGCCUCCCAACAACUGGGAGUCGGCCUUCUCUGGAUCUACCUGGACAUACGAUGAAACCACGGACGAAUACUAUUUGCACAUAUUCGCGAGUGCGCAGCCCGAUUUGAACUGGGACAACCAUGCAGUCCGGGACGCCGUCGACGAUAUGAUCAGAUUCUGGCUGGAUCGGGGUGUGGAUGGCUUUAGGAUGGACGUGAUCAACUUCAUUUCCAAGGCUCCUGGGUUGCCGGAUGGGAAGAUCACGAAACCUGGAUUCUUGCAGUCUGGCGUCGAACAUUUUGCUUGCGGUCCUCGCUUGCACGAGUAUCUUCGAGGCAUUGGCGCCAUCCUGCAUGAGUAUGACGGCUUUUCUGUGGGUGAGAUGCCUGGCGUUACCGAUACAAGAGAAAUCCUCAAGGCAGUCGGGCAAGAUCGUGGGGAACUCGCCAUGGCCUUUCAGUUCGACAUUGUCACCAUGGAUAUCGAACCGGGUGCUGGGUCAAAGUGGGAGCACCGGGACUUCGAGCCGCGGGCUCUGAAGCACGUCGUUGCGAAGUGGCAGUCUUUCAUGCUCGAGAAUGCAGGCUGGAACGCGGUGUUCAUGGAAAACCACGAUCAAGGCCGCACAAUCUCGAGGUAUUGCGACGAUAGCGAGGAGUACCGGACCAAGUCGGCCAAGCUACUUGCUGCCCACAUGGGUCUCCAAUCAGGAACACUCUUCAUCUACCAAGGUCAGGAACUUGCGCAGAUAAAUGUUCCUGAGUCUUGGGGCCUGGACAAGUACAAAGACAUUGAAGUGAUCAACCAUUGGAAGACGGUUUUGCGCGACUAUCCUGACGACAAGGAUAAGCAAGCCGCCUACAAGCGCCAGUACCGGCUUAUUGGCCGUGACAAUGCUAGAACACCAAUGCAGUGGACUUCUGAUGCAGGAACUUUUGCUGGUUUCCUUCCAGAUGACCGUCCUAAGGAUGCAAAGCCCUGGAUGUCGAUCUAUCCCGACUUUGAGAGGUGGAACGCCGAGGCUCAACUUUCAGAUUGGGACAGUGCAUUCCUUUACUGGCAACGAAUACUUGCGCUCCGCAAGCAGCAUAAGGAUAUUUUUGUCUAUGGUGAUUUUGAGAUGCUCGACGUCGAUAACGAUUUUCCCAACGUCGUUGCGUAUCUAAGGUCUGAUCGGUCUGCCGAGCAUUCACAGGCUGAGAACGAGAAACCGGGCAGCUGUCUUGUCAUUGCGAACUUUUCGAAAGACAGGCUGUGGUGGAGAGUGCCGGAAAAGGUUGAGGGUAUAUUAUUCGACGGCCGCAGAUUGAGGAGCGAAGCUAUCCGACAGGAUCUGCGCAAUUACACGGGAAGUGCCGCCGGGGACAACGCGACUGAAAGAGACGCGAGGGGUUGGAAAAUCGACUUGAUGGCGUGGGAGGUGGUCGUUGCCGUGGCUUGA